CUAAGUGUUGCACUAAAGUCUCCAAGAUUCCAGUCGCCACUUUAGCCCAUUUAGCGCUUGCAAACGUGAUCGUUCAAACGCGACAGAUGGCGCUUGCUCUUGCUAUAAAAGACGUCAAUUUUGAGGCCUUAACAACUGACAAUCAUGUCGCCCGAAGAUAAGCGCAAGUUUUGCACCUUUUGGGGUUGCACUCUGCGCCGCGCUGGGCUCGCUGCUCGGCGCGGUUCAGAACGCUCAAUGCUGGACCAGGCUGCUUCGUCGACCAUGGCCGUCGUUGGCCACGCUGCAGCGGCCGUGCUGGACAACCCGCACCAGUUUCGGCUGCUGCCCUCACCCUACUACGUGCAGCCCCGCUCCCCAACUUCGUCUGCGACUUCUGGACUGACGACCAGUUCCGCGCCAACUUCCGCCUGACGCGCGCGUCCUUCAAGGCCCUGGUGGACAGCCUGCGCCCCGACCUGGAGACGACGAGCACCCACUUCCGCCAGUCCAUGACUCCGGAACACAAGGCCGCCAUAGCGCUGUACAAGCUUGCACACAACUCUCCGUACAGCACGCUUGAGGCGCUCUUCGUGUGGCGCCAAGCACCGCGUGUAAGGUCUACCAGCAGUUCAUCACGUCCGUUGUGUCGCGCCUGCGUGGCCUGGUUGCCUUCUGUUGAGGACUAGCGGGUAUUCGGUCAGAACACUAGAGUAUGGGACGUGGGGACACGGCGGGGAGACCGUGGGAGUCCCGGGUACGUGCCUUACGAUGGGUCUAGAAGGCGAUCUAGAGCCAUAUAUAGGGCAUAGUCUUUACCAGUUUGGUGUCGUGUAUAUCGCUAUACAAGUGCCACUGUAACACUACUAGCGAGCACGGCCACCCAGAACCGACCAGAACUCAACAGGUUAUGAGCCCCGGCUUCCGAGUCGGUGGUCGGUCUGGGUCAAGUCCUUUAAACUGCUAUUAGGCAGGCUCGGCAUAGAGUAGGCAACGGAAGCGCGUGAUCAGCAGUGAGGCCGAAGCUGGAAGGGCGAUAGCGAUUGGUCGCUGGUUUCCGAGCUUUCCCGGUAUCAGCUGUUGGAGGCAGCUGAAAAUAUCUGGACGCGCUGUGAUCGCGAGUGUGGAGCUCGCAGACGUUCGUCAGGCGGAGGCGGGGGAGACCCGAAAACGUGAUGGCUCGCCUGUGCAGCGAGCGAGCGGUUGAUUGCCUGGGGCAGUAGCCGCAAACUGUGGGAAGCCAGCGCCCGGGGCGUCUUGGCUAAUAUGGGCAACUGCCAGGGGCAGGAGCAGUGAGAGGGCCGGCGCUGGGCGCCAGGCCGAGAGGCGCCGCUGAGCCUGCACCCGGGGUGUAGGGCUAGGGCGCACGUUCCGUGUUACGGUGCCGGGCACCGGGCACGUGGGGGGCUGAUGACUGGCUGAGGUGGCAGGCGCUGGGCGCCAGCACCUAGCCCGAUGGCGCGCAGGGCGCGCAGCAGAAGCAGUCGGGGGCCGGUGGCGUGCAGGGCGCGCAGGAGCAGCAGGGGGUGACCGGCGGCGCGCAGGGCGCGCAGCAGAGCGCGCAGGGCGCGCAACAGCAGGAGGGAGCCGGUGACACGCAGGGCGUGAAGAAGCCGGCGGUAUGACUAAGGGCGUCGCUGGGCCUGCACCGACGGACUGGUGGGCCAGGGCGCGUGUCGCGGUGUGCAGCACCGGGCAAGUUACACAGAGCGGCGAGUACUUCGUUUCCGUUGUGGUGCUGCGAGAUGCUUGGGCCGUAGAUGUACCUGGUCUCAAUGAGAGCUACGGACGGGUAUGAUAAGACCGUGUGGAUUGAGGUGAGAGUGGCAUUGUGAAUGUGCCGUAGCGUAGUGGGGCGGUAUCAACAGUACGGCAGCCUUAAGUAAAGCUGCGACACGGUUACUAACACUUGUUGCUGGGAUGGCAGGGAUGACGCAGGAGUGCGUUUGAGGUGGGUGGCGCUACGAGGGCGUCGAGUCAGAGACAUGGGGCAGGGCGUGGCCUAGUCAUGUUAGUGUGGGGCCGGUUUGCGGGGAGGCAAACUGUGGCGGGACACGGCAGGUGACGGACGGCACGCGGAGCACAUGUUUGAUCAGCUACGGGGGUCGAGCCCGUAAGAUUGGUUGCUGAGAUCCAGCGUUUGCUUAGUUGUGGGGCGGGAGCCACAUGGACCGUUGGGUGCCAGGCUUCGACGAGAGCUUCUAACCUUCGCCUGUGUGAUCGCAGACAGAUUGAGUGCGCUGUUGAGUGCACGUGGCAAGGCGUUGCCUGAAGCGCAGGGUACUGGAUGGAGCUUCCGUGGAGGUCAGCAGGAUCCGAGUACGGAGCGCAGUGCAGCUGUUCAUGGUGUGGAGCUGUUUCGCAGACGGCGAUUCGGGCAUGACACGGUCGUGUGGAGCUGUUUUCGCGGGGCAGUAUGAGUGGGGCGUGCAGGACAGGGGUCUGCGGCGCGGGACCAUACGUGCGAGGCGAAAUCGGGCAUGACCACAGCUGGCCGGGAGCGCGGAUAAGUGCUGUAAUGUUAGCGCAUAGGAGGAUAUGUGGGUAAGGCCUUUAAUCUGCUUAAUAGCGGGCUUGGUAUAGAGCAGGCAAAUGGAAUGCGCUUGUGCUUAUGAAUGACCCGGUCGUGAUUCCGGGGGAGCGCGUUAGGAUGCGAGCGAUGUCUAGCAGAUGACUCAUUCCUGCGAUCGACUCAACCUGUUCGCGUGGGUAUGGCGUGUGGCUGUACUGUGGUUAUGGUACGCGAGUGCACUGCUGACGUAGUAGCAGUGGGCAUACGAAAGAGCAAGCGACUAGUAGGCACAUUGCGUAGUUCGAAAGUCGUGCGCUGGGAGACGUGCGGUGGUUGGCCGUGCGUGCGCGUGACUGCUGUGGCAGCAGUGUGAGAGAACGUUGUGAGCAACAAGUAGGAAUGCUGAGAUGCAAGGCUGACUGAAUGUUGUGACCAGCAUGAGAUGCGGGCUUGGACAUGCGAGUGCCGGUGAUGCGUGCGACGGACUGUGCGCGGUGUGCUCGAGAGGGGGACACGGAAUGUGUGGCUGCGGUAUGCUUUACAAGUGUUAUCCGUGCAAGAUGGUUGUAGACGCGGGAGGCGUGAUACGACUGAGUGCGGUAGCAUGAGUGGGUGGCAGCGGAAACGUACGGCGUGUGCGGUGAUGCACAUGUGACAUGUGCGGGGUAGCAUAUGUGGCGCGUACGUAUGCGUGAUAUGUGUUUGAGGGAUGGAUGCAGCAGCAGUCGGCUGGCUGACCAUAUUUGCCUUGGUGGGCGUGAGGCGCCGUGAGAGGUUUGCCCCCUCAUCUAUGUUUAGGCGUAUGUGUUUGCAAGUGCCAUGCGCGAUGGUGGUAUGUCGGUGUUUUGUGUGCGUGCGUUCGCUAUGGAGUUUAGCGUUUGCGAGCAGUGCAAGACGGAGAGUGUUCUGCCCGCGGGGGAGUGUUGAGGACUAGCGGGUAUUCGGUCAGAACACUAGAGUAUGGGACGUGGGGACACGGCGGGGAGACCGUGGGAGUCCCGGGUACGUGCCUUACGAUGGGUCUAGAAGGCGAUCUAGAGCCAUAUAUAGGGCAUAGUCUUUACCAGUUUGGUGUCGUGUAUAUCGCUAUACAAGUGCCACUGUAACACUACUAGCGA